GUCGCGGACCUUUCUCCAGGUUGUUUUCAGGCUGUGAUUUGAUAACCGCCGCCGGGUGACGUGGAGCGUCCCGAGACUUUUUCCUUCAUUGCGGCCCCCCUCUUCUUUUAGUUCUAGACUGAAGUUCGAGGAAUUCACCACUUGGCUGAAAUUAGGAUCCAGAUUUCCCAAACUUGCUUCGGAGGAAAAAGCCCUAACGAUGGAGGACAGUGAAUUCCUAGCUUAUGUGGAACUACUAGAUGAAGUGGAACAAGGCUCAGUGAGAGAAAAAGCAUCUUCUGUUAGUCUAAAUGCAGAAAGAACCCGGAAGGAGAAAAUGAAGGUUGAAGACCUAAAUGCAUGUGAGCCUGCUUCUCCUGCCCCUGAAGCACCAACUACCUCUCUGCUGAAUGACCUCAAGUACAGCCCAUCAGAGGAAGAGGAGGUGACAUACACCGUCAUUAAUCAAUUCCAGCAGAAGUUUGGUGCUGCAAUACUCCAUAUCAAGAAGCAGAAUGUCCUGAGUGUGGCAGCAGAAGGAGCGAAUGUGUGUCGCCACGGCAAACUGUGCUGGCUGCAGGUGGCCACAAAUUGCCGAGUUUACUUAUUUGACAUUUUCCUUCUGGGAAGUCGAGCUUUCAACAAUGGACUUCAGAUGAUAUUAGAAGACAAGAGAAUUUUGAAGGUUAUCCACGAUUGUCGUUGGCUUUCUGAUUGCCUCUCUCAUCAGUAUGGAAUUUUGCUGAAUAAUGUCUUUGACACACAGGUAGCAGAUGUACUUCAGUUUUCCAUGGAAACGGGUGGCUAUCUUCCAAACUGCAUCACUACUUUGCAGGAGAGUUUAAUCAAACACCUUAAAGUAGCCCCUAAAUAUCUCUCCUUUCUAGAAAAGAGACAAAAACUGAUUCAGGAAAAUCCAGAAGUGUGGUUCAUCCGACCUGUGUCACCCUCUUUACUGAAAAUUUUGGCCCUGGAAGCUACCUACCUGUUACCCCUUCGCUUGGCACUCCUAGAUGAGAUGAUGUCUGACCUAACCACCCUGGUGGAUGGUUACCUAAACACGUAUCGUGAAGGGUCUGCAGACCGGCUUGGAGGCACCGAGCCUACAUGUAUGGAGCUGCCAGAGGAACUGCUUCAACUCAAGGACUUCCAGAAGCAGCGCAGGGAGAAAGCUGCAAGAGAAUACAGGGUGAAUGCACAGGGACUCCUAAUAAGGACAGUGCUACAGCCAAAGAAAUUAGUGAUAGAGAGAGCAGGGAAAGAGGAGAAAGUCAAAGGCUUCUUAUUUGGUAAAAAUUUUAGGAUAGAUAAAGCUCCAAGUUUUACAUCUCAAGACUUUCAUGGGGAUGUGAAUUUACUGAAAGAAGAAUCUUUGAAUAAACAAGCUACAAAGCCUCAGCAUCUGCCUCCCAUAGAGGAAGGGGAAAGCAGUGAGGAUUCCAGUAACAAACUCAUUUGCUCUGAGUCAAAGGGGUCAGAGGACCAGAGAAUAACUCAGAAAGAACACUUUAGGACACCCAAACAUGAGUUGCAGGCAAGUUUAUCUCUGAAAGAGGAGAUAGAACAGUUAUUGCUGGUGGAAAACAAGGAAGAUUUAAAAUGCACAAAACAGGCUGUUUCAAUGUCUUCCUUUUCUCAGGAAACCAGAAUGUCUCCAAGUGACACCUUUUAUCCUGUAAAAAAUGCUGUGCUUUCCACACUCCCUCCUUGUCCAGCCUUGGAGAAGAUCGAUUCCUGGAUAAAUCCCUUUCUAACUCUGCCUUAGAGAUGUGCAGUUUGUUCUUAAGGCCAUGCAGGUGGCAUAUUUCCUUUGCCAUCAGGGCCUUCCACAGUGCCCACGUUCCUCAUGUUGUAAAUGUAGUAAUGCUUCAGUCACAGGGGAAAAUUAUAUCCUCUUGCUUACUCCUGUGUUCCGGGUAUGCAGAGAAUGAGAAUGAAUAAGUUAAAUGAUGGAAGAAGUAUAAUUUCUGAUUAUGUCACUGUGUAGAAAUGUUCUCAGUGACCAGAGUGCAUUAUUUCUCAUAAUUUGGGUUUAGAGGAUUUGAAGAAAGGAAAAAUCUUGGGCUUAGUGUCAGGAAGACGCCAUCAUUUUCAAAUUUUGUUUUGCUUCUUGACUUGCAGAUUCCUUUGAAGGGAGCUGGUAAAACUAUUAAUGAUCCAUUUUAAAAAUUGGUACCUGAUAAUUUUACCAGUACUUUUUUUCUUUUUUAUUUAUUUAUUGGUUUUAUUUAUUUAUUUUUUUUUACCACUCCUUGUGGAGCAGGGCUACACCAUAGGCAGUGUGCCUGGAGUAGCCACUUUUUUCCUUUCUAAAAUAUGUUAUUAACUUUAUGUUUGAAUGUCAUAUGUUUUGUCUGUCUCUUA